AUGAGGAUAUCAAGUCAAGCUGUCCUAGCUGUGUGCGCUGCACUAUUCGACUUUACGACUGCGGCAUCGACGUUUUCUCCUGCUCGACCCCCUGCAAUUCCAAUCGCAGUCAAAUCUCCAUACUUCAACACUUUACAGUUCGCUGGUAGUGAUGGAGGCAAUGGCGGUUAUCUCUACGGACAAUGGACUACGUUCUGGGCUGGUCAGGUCACAGCCUGGACCGGUUUGAUCAAGGUGGAUAAUGUGACAUAUACAUGGAUGGGAGAUCCGACAAACGACCAAACUGUCACCCAGACGGCCUUCUCGUAUACGUCGACGAGAAGUGUGUUUAUCAUGGAUGUAGGAGGAAAGGUGGAGAUGAACAUUACUUUCCUCUCGCCUCUCACUCCGGAUGAUCAGAAAAGGCAGUCGCUUAUUUUCUCGUAUAUGGAUGUUGCGGUUCAGUCUAUGGAUGGGGCUCCGCAUGAUGUCCAGCUUUACGUUGAUAUUUCUGCUGAAUGGGUUGCGGGAGACCAUUCCUCGGUUGCUCAAUGGGAAUAUGGUUCUACAAGCGAUGACAUUGCUUACCAUCGUGUCUGGCGUCAAACUCAACUCGAGUUUAGUCAAACCAAUGAUCAAGCAGACUGGGGCUACUGGUACUUCGCUACUUCCAAGUCCGAGAGCCUGUCUUUCCAAUCUGGAGCCGAUGUUGAUGUUCGUGGAGCAUUCAUAGCUAAUGGCAAGUUGGCAAAUACCAAUGAUGCGGACUAUCGUCCUAUCAACCAGGACUGGCCGGUUUUUGGAUUCUCUGUUGGCCUCGGUUCUGUCACGGGAUCUGUUAGCACGUUAUAUACUCUUGGGUUGACGCAGGAGAAUGCUAUUCAAUUUGAUGGUGCUACUGGGAUUGUGCCUUUGACUUCUCUUUGGACGAGUUACUUCUCAAGUGAGACUGAUGCUCUUUCAUUCUUCUACAAUGAUUACAGCACAGCUAGCACAACAGCUACUACCCUCGAUAACAAGAUCGCCUCUGACGCCAGCACACAAGCCGGCCAGAACUACACCACAAUCGUAUCGCUCUCAGCUCGUCAAGCCCUCGGCUCAACUCAGCUCGUUGGCAACCUCACCAAACAAUACCUGUUCCUCAAAGAAAUCAGCUCAGACGGCAACGUCCAAACAGUCGACGUGAUCUUCCCCUUCCACCCAAUCCUCAUCUAUCUCCAGCCCACUCUCGUGAAACUCAUGCUCGAUCCCCUCUUCGAGAACCAGGAAUCAGGCCAAUAUCCAAAUAAGUACAGCAUGCACGAUCUUGGAUCUUCCUACCCAAAUGCUACUGGACAUCCGGCUGGCAACGACGAACAACAACCCCUUGAAGAAUGUGGGAAUAUGCUCAUCAUGACACUUGCCUACGCCCAGAAAGCCAGCGACACGGCCUACCUGUCCCAACACUACGCAAUCCUCACCCAAUGGACGCAAUACCUCAUCGCCGAGGCCCUGAUCCCCGCGAACCAGAUCUCCACCGACGACUUCGCCGGCAGCUUAGCCAACCAAACGAACCUCGCCCUCAAAGGCAUCAUUGGCAUCGGCGCCAUGGCCGAGAUCGCCAAACUGACCGGCAACACCGCCGACGCCGCGAACUUCUCCUCCAUCGCCACCUCCUACAUCACACAAUGGCAAACCCUCGGCAUCGCCCAGGACGCCACUCCUCCACACACCACGCUCGCUUACGGGAUGAACGACACCCACGGGCUGCUGUACAACCUGUACGGCGACAAACUGUUGAAUCUCGGACUGGUCCCGCAAUCCGUCUACGACAUGCAGUCAGCGUUCUACCCUACGGUCAACGACGAGUUCGGCGUCCCGCUGGACACGAGACAUAAUUACACCAAGAGCGAUUGGGAGAUGUGGGCUGCUUCGCUGGCGGAUGAGGGGACUAGGGAUAUGUUUAUUGAUGAUCUGGCCAAGUUUAUCAAUGAGACGCCGACGAAUAUGGGGUUGACGGAUCUCUAUGAUGCGCAGACUGCUGAUUGGCCUAUCGAUGGGCCGCACUUUUACUCAAGACCAGUUGUUGGGGGUCAUUUUGCGUUGUUGGCAUUGAUGGACCCUGCUUCAUGA